AUGGUUUUGGCGGCCGAUGAUAAUUCCCUUUGGGAGAACUUCUCACCGUUUCUCAACGACGAAGAAAUUUUACCUGAAGCUGCCGAGGACACUUUCUGCAGUAAGAUGAUCUCGCAGUUGGAGGGAAUGGAACAAUGCGAUGAUCAUAGCUAUGCUGCUCUGUCUCCAUUGAGUUCACCUCGUGAAGGAUCAUUGAGUCAUGGUAGUAAUUCGCCCACGAACACAUCCUGUUCAGAAGGUUCAUCCUAUCGCCUAGACAUUCUUGAAGCUGCCAGUCAAGAACUAUUUACACAAACCUCUUUUGACGAUGUCAAGCAGGAAACUCCGGAUCAGCCACCAACUUCCACAAUACACGGUACAGCACGCACACAGUUCACUCCAUAUCGUCUUCAGCCAGUUUCCAGUCAGCAAAAACGAGCGCCAACACUUACCACUCGUCCUGUUGCACAACGACAGACGCCUGUCGUCAGAUUUAAGCCAGCUUUGCGUAAUCCAGCAAAUAUCUCUCUGAAUUCCCCAAGCACAUACUCCUCCAAUUCAUCUUCAAGCCUUGGACCAUGCCAAAGCGGUGGUAUCAUCAAAGGAACUACAGGUGAACGUCAAAGGAAAUAUCCUGCUCUGAUUCUUACCGAAGAGGAAAAACGAUUAUGUAAAAAGGAAUCGAUUCUUUUGCCCGAAUUCUAUCCACUCACAAAAGCCGAAGAACGUGAUCUGAAACGAAUUCGACGAAAGAUUCGCAACAAGAGGAGUGCACAGACAAGCAGAAAACGCAAACAGGUAUUUAAAGAGUCUGUAUGA